UAGCCUGGCAUAUGAGUUAUGACAAUAUUUUGUUAUUUUUUUAUAAAGGUUUUCAUUAUAAAAGUGUUUUACAAUUAUGAUUUAAAACAUUGAUAUGUCGAUUCUACACGACGUAGUAAACAAAUCAUGCUUCCACGGGACGAAAAUAGUGAUUGCCUGGAGGAGAAAGUGUCAUAUGAAAUCAGAGAGUCGCCUUCAAUGAUGUGGAAGAGGUCGAUUGUGCAAGCGAAGGCUGGACAUAUGAGCGCCCCAGCUACCCUGACAUUUGCGCUCUUCGUAGUUAUUGCGCUGUGGAGCGCGCGCGGCGACGCGGCCGACCUCGUGAUCGAGAUCCCGGGCUGGGGCGCGGCGGGCGCGGAGGGCGCGCACUACCGGCUGGACUACCGGCCGCCGCAGGGCUCGCCCGCGCCCAACUACACCGUGCCCGCGCGCGCCUCCACCAUCAAUUUCCAGGGCCUGCCCGGCACCAAGUACCACUUCAUGCUGUACUACUCCAACGCGACCUUCGCGGACCUGCUCACGUGGAACCAAACCAUCAUAACCGCGCCGGAGCCGCCCACCAACCUGACGGUGACGCUGGGCCGCAACAAGCAGGCCGCCAUCUCGUGGGCGCCGCCCGCGCACGGCGACUACUCGGGCUUCCGCUUCAAGGUGCUGCCGCUGUCGGAGCGCGCGGAGGGCGGCGCGCGCAACAUCUCGGUGGAGGGCGCCGGCAACUGGUCGCACGUGCUGCGCGACCUGUCGCCCGGCGCCACCUACCAGCUGCACGCCUUCACGCUGCUGCACGACAAGGAGAGCGCCGCCUACACCUCCUUCAACUUCACCACCAAACCGAACACCCCGGGCAAGUUCAUAGUCUGGUUCCGCAACGAGACGACGCUGCUGGUGCUCUGGCAGCCGCCCUACCCGCCCGGCGCCUACACGCACUACAAGGUGUCGAUCGAGCCGAAGGACGCGCGCGAGUCGGAGCUGUACGUGGAGAAAGAGGGUGAGCCGCCGGGCCCCGCGCAGGCCGCCUUCAAGGGCCUCGUGCCCGGGCGCGCCUACGACAUCUCCGUGCAGACCGUGUCGGACGACCAGCUGUCGGCGCCCACCACGGCGCAGUACCGCACCGUGCCGCUGCGCCCGCGCAACGUCAGCGUGCCCGCGCGCUCGCUGGCCGAGACCGCCUUCCGCGUCACGUGGCUGCCGCCCGCCGAGCUCAGCGAGUUCGAGAAGUACCAGGUGUCCGUGUCGGCCGGCGCGGGCGCGGCGGGGCGCCGCCUGCCGCCGCAGCUGCGCGCGCGCGAGGAGCCGCCCGCCUGCGCCUUCGACGGGCUGGAGCCCGGCGCGCACUACACCGUCACCGUCAAGACCAUGUCCGGCAAGGUCACGUCGUGGCCCGCCACGGCCGACCUCACGCUCAAGCCGCUGCCGGUGCGCGACCUGCAGGGCCGCUCCGUGGAGACGGAGGAGGGAGGCGGCGUGUUCCUCUGGUGGAAGCCGGCCGACGGUAGCACCCAGGACGAGUACAAGGUGUCGUACCACGAGACGGGCCCCUCGCGAGACGACAGCAACACGCUGACCACCACGAACACCAACGUGACGCUGGAGGCGCUGCUGCCGGGCCGCAACUACACCGUCACCGUGGCGGCCGUGUCGCGCGGGGUGGAGUCCAACGAGAGCGUGUUCCAGGCCGCCACGAGGCCCCUGGCCCCCGCCCUGCGCUCCGCCACCGCGGAGCAGCGCGCCCUGCUGCUCGCCUGGAGCUCCGACGUCAACUCGCGCCAGGACCGCUACGAGCUGCGCUACCGCCGCCGCGACGGAGACGCGCCCUACGCCACGGUACGCCUAGACCCCCAAUCCUCCCCCGGGCCGCCGCGCCCGCCCCCCGCCGGCUCUCACCGCUCCCUCUCCCCGCAGCUCGUGACCGCCGACACGAACGCGACGCUCGAGGACCUCCACCCGGGCGCCGUCUACGAGAUCCAGCUGGUCGCCAUCAGCCACGGCCUGCGCAGCGAGCGGCACACCGUGCUGAAGCCAGUCCGUCCGCUGCCCGCCGAGUGGCUGUCCGUGGAGCGCGCCACGUCCAACUCCGUGGCCGUGCACUGGCGCGGGCCGCGCGCGGGCCUCGUGGGCGCCUUCGUGCUGCGCUACCGCACCGCCGCCGCCGCCUGGCGCCGCCUCGACCCGCUGCCGCCCGGCGCCGACGUCGCCGAGAUCGCCAACAUGACGCACGGCGAGCGCUACGAGAUCCAGCUGGACACCGCCAGCGAGGACGCCGCCGGCGAGACCGUGGACAGCGGGCAGCCGCUGAGCGCCGAGCACACCGUCCGUCCCAACCCGGUGUCCAACGUGGCGCAGCUGGCCGACACGCGCAACGUGACGCUGGAGUGGCCGCGGCCGGCGGGGCGCGUGGAGUGGUACGAGGUGCGCUGGUGGGCCAGCGAGCAGGCGGGCGGCGCGGCGGGCGCGGCGGGCGCGGCGGGCGGCGCUCGCAACGUGAGCGCGGAGGGCGGGGCGCGCACGGUGCGCGCGCUGCUGGGCGAGCUGGCGCCGGGCCGCGGGUACUCCGUGUCCAUCGCGGCGCACUCGCACGAGCUGGCCAGCGACAUCUUCACGAUGCACACGCGCACACGGCCUCUGAUCCAGUCCGAGAUGACGAUCGUGAACGAGUCCGGUGACGGCGACGACAACGACACGCUGCCGGCCAUCCUGGUGCUCUACACGCCCACGCCCUCCUCCGCCAGCAAGUUCGACGCCUACCGCUUCCGGCUCGAGGGGGGGGCGGCGCCCGCACGCUGGCAGGAGCGCCCCGCCACCCCCCCUGACGCCGCCGACGACGCCGCGGGGCAGCAGCAGGUCGCCUUCCGCUCGCUCACGCCGGGCCGCCUGUACAACCUCACCAUGUGGACCGUCUCGCACAACGUCACCUCGCACCCCGUGCAGCGCCAGGCGCGACUCUACCCGCGGCCCAUCACGGAGCUCAACGCGACCGCGGUGGGCGCGCGGGAGAUCUCGCUCGCCUGGGCGCGGCCCGCCGGGGACUUCACGGACUUCGAGGUGCAGUACCUGGUGGACGAGGACCGCCUCGAGACGCGCACCACCGACCGGCUGGCGCUCACGCUGACCGAGCUGCGGCCGUACACGCUGUACGUGUUCACGGUCGUCGUGCAGGCGGGCACGCCGGCCACCAUCCUCACGCGCUCGCGGGCGCGCUCCGGCAGCUUCCGCACGCUGGAGGCGCCGCCCGCCGCGCCGUCGCGCUUCCAGCUCAUCGACGCCACGCCCACCGAGCUGGCCUUCGAGUGGGCGCUGCCGGCGCGCGACGCGCACGGCGUGCUGUCGCGCUUCCGCAUCUACGUGGCGCCGGCGGGGGCGGGGGGCGAGGCGGGCGCGGCGCGCUGGGUGGACUUCGGGCCCGAGGCGCGCGCGGGCCGCGUGGCGGGGCUGGCGGCGGGCGGCGACUACGAGCUGUGGCUGCGCGCCGCCAACGGCGCGGGCGAGGGCGCGGCGGCGCGCGUGCGGCAGCGCAUGGCCAUCGCGGCGCCGCCGCGGCCCACGGCGCUGCCGGCCGAGGUGCGGCGCUCGUCCACCACGGUGGCCGUGUCGUUCGGCGCCGACUACUUCUCGCCGGCCAACGGCAACGUCACGGCCUACACGCUGGUGCUGGCCGAGGAGCCGCGCGCGGACACGCCGGCGCGCCUGCCGUCGUGGCGCGACGUGCACCGGCUGCCCGUGUGGCCGCCCUACCAGGUCACGGAGCCCUACUACCCGUUCCACUCGUCGGCCGUGGAGGAGUUCACGAUCGGCUCGGAGCGCUGCGAGGGCGGCGGCCGCUCGUACUGCAACGGGCCGCUGAAGCCCGGCUCGCGCUACUACGUGAAGCUGCGCGCCUUCACGGCGCCCGACAAGUUCACGGACACGGCCUACACCGUCGUGUACACCGAGGCCGACAACACGGGCUGGAUCGCGGGCGGCGCGGUGUGCGGCGCGCUGGCGGCGGCGCUGCUGGCGGGCGCGCUGCUGCUGCGCCGCCGCCGCGCGCGCGCCGCGCCCGCCGCGCCCGCGCCGCAGCCCGCCGCGCGCCCCGUGCGCGUCGCCGACUUCGUGGACCACUACCGCCUCAUGUCGGCCGACUCCGACUUCAGGUUCAGCGAGGAGUUCGAGGAGCUGAAGCACGUCGGCCGCGAGCAGCCGUGCACGGCGGCCGACCUGCCCUGCAACCGGCCCAAGAACCGCUUCACCAACAUCCUGCCGUACGACCACUCGCGCUACAAGCUGCAGCCGGUGGACGACGAGGAGGGCUCCGACUACAUCAACGCCAACUACGUGCCCGGCCACAACUCCCCGCGCGAGUUCAUCGUGACGCAGGGCCCGCUGCACUGCACGCGCGACGACUUCUGGCGCAUGUGCUGGGAGUCGGGCUCGCGCUCCAUCGUGAUGCUGACGCGCUGCGUGGAGAAGGGGCGCGAGAAGUGCGACCGCUACUGGCCCUACGACACGCGGCCCGUGUACUACGGCGACAUCGCCGUGACGGCGCUCAACGAGAGCCGCUACCCCGACUGGACCGUGACGGAGCUGGCCGUGUGCCGCGGCGCCGAGCAGCGCGUGCUGCGCCACUUCCACUUCACCACGUGGCCCGACUUCGGCGUGCCCGACCCGCCCACGGCGCUGGCCCGCUUCGUGCGCGCCUUCCGCGAGCGCUGCCCGCCCGACACGCGGCCCGUCAUCGUGCACUGCAGCGCCGGCGUGGGCCGCUCGGGCACCUUCAUCACGCUGGACCGCGCGCUGCAGCAGCUGGACGCGCACGCCGAGUGCCUGGACAUCUUCGGCAUGGUGCACGCCAUGCGGCGCGAGCGCGUGUGGAUGGUGCAGACGGAGCAGCAGUACAUCUGCAUCCACCAGUGCGUGGUGGCGGCGCUGGAGGGCGCGGACCUGGCGCCGCCGCCGCCCAACAACCACCACCACAACGCCGCCUUCGAAGACGACGAGGGCAUCGCCGAGUCGGGCAUGUGACGGCGGCGUUAGUCCCCGCAAUCCGCCGGGCGCCGGCCGCGUCCCGCCGCGCCCCGCGCGCCCCGCCGCGUCCCGCCGCGCCCCGCCGCGUCCCGUCGCCGUCCCGCCGCCGUCCCGCACAAGG